GUGCCAAGUAAUACAACAAUGGCGGCCUCCAUGUGUAAUUUGGGUGCAUGACAAUGCGUUUGUUUACAAAGCGUUUAUAUCGAUUAAAAGUGCAUGCUAUUGACUGAGCCAUGUUUAUUCAAUCUGAUCCAAAAAGGAAAUUAAGAGAAUGGCAAGACUACACCCUGAUUAUGCCAGCAGUGUCUGUGGGUAAUGUUGGACAGCUAGCAGUAGAUCUACUCAUCUCCACACUAUGGAUGGAAAGGGUUGGUCACAUCCACCACGAAAGCAUCCUCCCUCUGGUCGGCAAUGAUCCAUUCGCCCACGAAGACUUCAAUGACUGCAAACUUGUAACAAGCUGUGAUGUGUAUGAGAGUAUUGAACACAAAGUGGUGGUGAUACAACAGAGGGCUCCAUUUGUCCGGGGGAAAAUGGCUCUGUUUAGAAAGUGGUUGAAGGAAUGGAUAAUUAAUAAGUCCUUCAAAAAACUAGUUAUCCUGACAAGCAGUCGCAGUGAGGAACGACUGGACAUACAGAUUCAGGGAGAUCAGCUUCGUUUCCUUGCUUCCCAAUGUAUGGAGGAGACCAAGACUUGCCAGAUGUUACGGAGUGCUCCGCUGAAUUGGUUGGAUCUAGAACGUAGAAACACUCCAGAAGAGCUUCAGAAUGGAUCUGAAAAACCUAAUUAUAUCUACGUACCAGGAGGGGGCAUAGCCAAGUCAUUACUGGAGGAAUGUGGGAAAGAUAUGCCAGUCGUAGUUCUGCUGAUGUUCUGUUCAGAAGGAGACAAUUCCCAGGACGCUAUAUUCCUGGCUUCUCGUCUAAAUCAGUGGCUCGACCUGGUGGACAUGAAGCCAAAGAAAAGAGAAGAUGGACAAAUCAUUAAACCACUGCCAGGAUGGAAGAUUCCAUUGUCAUGGCGACACUUAUUUGGUGCUCGGGUGGAUCAGACGUUGUUUCAUUGAUAUGACUGGUUAAGGGGCUGAUAAAAGGGCUGACUUGCUGCAUCAAAUUUCUGUUAUCACCUAGCUACAAGUCAUAUUGCCAUAAGUGGACUUUUUUCUAUUUAGACCAAGUCACACAUGUGAAAAAACUGGUGUUUUGUCUAAAUCUGUUUUUAUAUACAUUUGUACCUCCAAAUGUACUGUGGUGAAGAACUAAUGUUUGGGAGGUGCUGAAUUCAAGACAGAUUCCCAUUGUUAAUAAGCAUUACACUAUGUAAUGAGUUUUUGAAAUAGUAAUUUACAUGCAAUAAAACAUUUUUACAAGAAAAAUCUGAUGAAAGAAAAGAAACCGAAAGGUUAAGUUGAUAUUCUUUAGUUUGAAUAUAACCUUGUUUUAUAUUAUUCCUGGGCCCACUAUUCAUACAUUAUUAAACAUUUUUUGAGACCCCCAACACCUUUAUACUGUUUCAAUUAUAAAUAGCAGAGUAACAGUUAUGAAACUUUGUUCAACAUACUGCUGGCAGUUCUGUCUAUUCAGUAGUACUAUUUUAAUGGCAAUAGUCUGAGUAACAUUGUGCCCUGUUAGAAAUAGACCAUUGUUUGUUUUUUGAUGAAUUCCAGUUCCAGUAGUUUUCAUAUCUAUUGCUCAUAUUUUGUAGCUGGAUAAAAUAUUAAAACUGGUAAUGAUCAAGAAGCAAGGAUCAUCCUUUAUGGAUCAAUAGAACAAAUAGAAAAUCAUAGCAGACUGAUUGACCGAUGGAAUCCAUGUUCUUUCUGGUCUGUAGUAAAUAUCAGAUGAAAUAUUAGUUUGGAGACAUGCAUGCGUUUGAAUGUGAAAAUGUGCACUAAAUGUAAGUUUGCAAUAAAUCUUUUUAAAAGUUAA